AUGUGCAUAAUCUCCGUACCAAGCGUUUCGAAAAAGAAUUUAGGCAAGCGCUCGGGCGCCACGGGAGGAUCCGUCGAGGGAGCCCGAACCCUCCACAUGCCACAAACGGCUACGCGCGCGCUCUAUCGCGACAUUCUGCGCACCGCCCAGCGCUGGCCCUCAAUCAGAAGGGCAAAGGUGAUCGAGGAGAUCAGAGCCGGCGCGCUCUCCUCCACCCGCUUGCUGCCGGCAGCACGCGCCUCCCGUGACCCUGGCCCUCCCAGCGCCACAGAGUUUCGCGAGAACCGCAACGUCAAGGAGCCGGAGCAGCUACAAAAGCUGCUGGCUGAGGCACGGACCGGCCUGGCCGCACUCCGCUCCCAAUCCGGGCUGUCCAGCAAGGCGAGCGAUGUGGACUUCAAGUUUGGGGACUUCUGA